UGACGUCAGAUGCGUUGGUCACGUGACCAACGUGUAACUUAUUUUGACGUGUCACAGAGCAUGUAACCAGGAAGAGCCUGCUAAAUUCUCACCAUGCUAACAGGAGAUACUAAUGAUGAAGACGUGUCUUUGUUUGAUGCCGAGGAAGAUGCAGGGAAAAGGUCAAAGAAGAACAUCAAGCAUCCAGUGGCGUCCUUCUUCCACCUCUUCUUCAGAGUCGGCGCUACGCUCGUCUACCUACUCUGUGAGUUCGUCAGCGGCAGUUUCAUCGCCUCCAUGGUUACCAUCAUCUUGCUACUCUCGUGUGACUUCUGGACUGUAAAGAACAUCACAGGCAGGUUGAUGGUGGGUCUGCGGUGGUGGAACCAGGUGGACGACGAUGGACAAAGCCGUUGGGUGUUUGAGUCGCGGAAGGGUACUGGGAAGCAACAAGCAUCGGAUUCAGAGUCCCGAAUCUUCUGGCUCGGACUGAUCAUUUGCCCGAUCAUCUGGGGCAUCUUCGCCUUUAGCACACUCGUCUCAUUUCGGAUUAAAUGGAUGCCUGUGGUGAUCAUGGGAUUGGUGUUGCAAGGAGCCAAUCUCUAUGGUUACAUACGGUGUAAAGUGGGAGGAAAGACCAGCUUAAAGAACAUGGCCACUAAUUAUUUUGGACAGCAGUUCCUGAAGCAGGCGCUGUCUAAAGAAGAGGAAUCAUAGUUUUACAAUCUGCAUUCUUCCCAGUUAUUGUAAAAGUGGAGUGCAGGAAAGACUUUCCACACCAAGUGAAUAUUGUACCUUUUAUUUUUAGGUUAAUUGAUUCAUCAGAGAGACAUUUUAUGCAAAGGCCACAGGUUUGGUUGCUGUUUUUCAGUAGCUGACCUUAAGCAAUAAAAAGUCUUCACUAACAUCUCAGCCAUGAGUGAUAAAAACAUAAGUUAACCGGACUCUAGUUUGUGUUUUAGUCUCAUCGAGCAUUACGUCUUUAGUUUGUCUUCUCAUUUCCUUUUAAUAUUUUAUUGUAACUUAGCAACUUUUCAAUUGGUUUGUCUUUUUUUUUUUUCUCGCACAACAGACUGUAAAAUAUUUCUUGUAAAUAUGUAAGUUAAAUUAUGUGGAAUAUCUUGUGCGCAAAUACAUUCUGGACUUUUUUCUGAACAGUUUGCUGUUUUCAUUUAUGCUUAUUUAUUGACAAAAUAAAGACUUGCUUU